GCUGCAGGAGGAGGACCCAGAGAGAGCACUGUGUCUGUCUGGAGAUAUCCUGCCGUGAUGGAGCGGCUGAGAGCCCUUCGAGGUCUCUUUGCUUGUGUGGGCUGCAUGCCCAGACGUACGCGUCGCGGGAGCAGAGGCAGGGUGGCAAGCUCUGCCCCUGCCUGUCCCGUGACGUUCCUGCUGCAGCGCCUGCAAGACAGGGAGGGUGACCGAGCGCAGGCGUACUGCGAGCUGGAGAGCGCCCUGUGGGAAGAGGACAGCCGCCCGCCGUGCGGGGUGGCGAACCGGCUGCUGGCAGAGGUGUCCCAGGACCUGACGGCGGCCCAGGGCGCGACAGACAACGUGAGGACAGCCGCCAGCAACGUCCUGGUGGCUCUGGCCCGCUCGCACUUCAGCUUGGUGAUGGCCGAGCUCCAGGGCCACCUGAAGGCCGUGGCGGAGAUGUCCAAGGAGUUUGCGCUCGUCACCCUGAGCAAGCUGUUCAGCAGCUACGCUCCGCAGUGCAUCGCCUUCAUGUGGCUGACACUGGCCGGCCUGCGCUGUGUGGCCGGCCAGGUGAGGAGCGGCCGCACCCUGCGCGUCGCUUGUGCUGGUGAGUGCCGGCCCCUGAUUACACUACCCCAAGUGAAAGGUGUUGGAGAGUUAGACCUCCAACAGACGCUGGUCAUUGCCUUUCCUGCUGUCCAGAAACUCCUAGAAGUUAUAUCCUGCAAGGUCUUUGAUGAAGAUUUUUGCUGUGAGAGCUAA